UAAAAGAGAGAGAGGGACACAAGUUGCAGAGUCAGGAAGGUUAGGACAUGGUCAUGGUGGACGGAGUAAGGCGUGUUCGAUAAAUCUUUUACCCAGGAUACUGCAGACAGUUGGUUCCAAAGUUCAAGGGUAAGAGUAUCAGCAGCACAGAGAGGAGUGGAGAAGCGAAAGAGGACGAGUACAAGAUAAGUGUCGUGGUGGUUCAUUUGUGAAAGUAAAGAAUUAAUAUCUGGUCCCGACAGGAAUAAAUACAAACACAACAAAAUAUGGCAGAGAGCACAAGUCCCAAAGGCAGCUCUGGUGACUUUGCUAAGAAAGUCCAACGACAGCUGAGCAGAAGCAAAGAAAAGGUGCUACAAAAGCUGGGAAAGACUGUGGAGACCAGAGAUGACCAAUUUGAAUAUUGUCUCCAACUGUUUAAUGACCAACAGAUCGAUGGUAAUCGAAUGUAUAAGGACCUGAGGAACUACAUUAAUGCAGUCAGAGAAAUGCGUGAAGCCUCCACACGCCUUUUCCAGUCUCUGUUUGAUGUUUAUGAAACUGACUGGGCUGCAGGGGAAGACUUGGGAGCUAUUGUAGAGGGGGAGAACCUCCUGUGGAAUGACUACGAGGCGAAGCUAUUAGAUCAGGGCGUACGCACCAUGGAGUCCUAUGUGAACCAGUUUCCAGAUGUCAGGGAAAAAAUUGCCAAGAGGGGAAGAAAACUGAUCGACUAUGACUCUUCCCGUCACCACCUGGAGGCACUGCAGACUGCUAAGAAGAAGGAUGAUAUCAAGAUAAACAAGGCAGAGGAAGAGAUGAAUUAUGCCAAACAUGUCUAUGAAUAUAUCAACAGUGAGCUAAAAGAAGAGCUGCCUGUGCUUUAUGACAGCCGUAUUGGAUGCUAUGUGGCUGUCUUCUCAGCUUUGUCAAGUUUGCGAGGCAUCUUUUACAAGGAAAUGAACACGCUCAACCGUGAUCUACAGAACGUGUUACACGAGCUGCAGGCUCAGCAUCCAGACAAAGCCUUUGUUGUGAGGGGAAUGCAACGGUAUGGCUCCCUGAAGAGACGAAGUUUGAUGUCUCCUAAAGCCUGGAAAACCAGCUUUUCUGAGUUUCAUAAGAACUACAAUCCUAAAGAUGGUCAGAAGUUUAGUUUCAGGUCCCCAGACAAACCUUUCCGCAGCACCCUAUCCAGAGAGAGCAGCUCCCUUGCUGUCUCCCCACCACCUCUGUCUCCAGAGGCAACACCUCUGGAGAGCCCCACGUCUGAGUCUGGGGACCAGGAUGCAGAAUCAAGCCACAGUGAGAUCUGCAGCUCUCCUGCACAAGAAGAAUCUGCAGUUGAGAUGGCUGGAAACGAACUGAAGGCAGGAGAGGACAACAAUCAGGUUAAUGAGGAGAAGAGCAUAAAAGAGGAGAAGCCUGAAACAAAACCAUCAGCAGAAUCUGAUAAUAAAGCAAAUGGUGAGAAAGCUCCGUUGAGUGAGAGCAGCUCCGAACCGAACAACUCCUGCGAUUCAGAGAGUCUGGAGCUGCAGCUGUGUGCUGCCGAAAACAGCCUGCACAUUGAAGAAAGAGAAGACAGCCCAGUAAUGCUUGAUACUGUUAAACCAAAUGGACUGGAGAAUGGUGACAUUUCUGGGUUUAACUCUGAGCCUAAGGACCUGAGCAUUUCUCACAAGGAGGCUCCUGCAGAAAACUCAACCGCCCUGGACUCUAAAAGCACAGUGGUUUAGAGUUUUCACACUUUACUAAAAGAAUAUGACAGAAGUCAACAGCUGCACAAAAGAAAAACUGUGGAGACAGCCGCCCUGAAAUGUAUCAUGAAUGAUGUGCUGUGCACUAACUUGUUGCUGUUAGUUUUCUUAUUUAUCUUGGAUUCAGAUCAAGUGUAAAUACAGUAUAAGGUGUCUUUGGGUAAAACUUCAUCUGUAAUGUUUUGUGACAGUCAAAAGUAUACACAUACAUUUUAUUGUAUGCUGUACCAAACUGGUGCAUGGUAAAAUCAUAGAUAUUGUAUGUAACUUUAGCAAACAUAAAAGCACUAAUAGGUUUACACUGUUAGAAAACAUACUGACUCCAACAUGGUCAUUGUGUAGAAAGAGGUGCUGUGUUGUGGUCUCAGUUUCACGAGGAACUAAACUAACUCCACUCUCAUGUUGCUGCUGACUUUGUUUUUCAGUUUUAUUUUUAACAAGUUUUGAUCGAGGGGCUUCAGCUGGGAUUCAUUUUCCAUUCAUGUUUAGAUUAAAUUUAAAUUUGUUAAUGGCUGAGUGUAUACUGUAAGAUAAACCAGUCUUUUGUGCCAUCUUUAAACUAGCUGUUAUUUUUAAAUAUUAUUUGAUGAGUAGGUAAUUAGUACAAAAUUCAGAUUUCAGUGCUUUGUAAACAUCAGCAACAUAACCUAUAUGGGAUAUGGCUUUCUGCUGCAUACAGCUUACAUCUAAAAUGACUCUUAUUGAAUUUCAGAGGUAAAAUAUUUGAUUUUGUAAUGAUGUCUGGCUAAGAGAUGUUGGUCUGUAUCUACUAGAUAAAUAUGAUAAUACACAAUGUGGAUUUUUUUUCCUUAUGCUUCAUUUAUUAUAAGAAUAAAACAAUAGACGUGAGCUUCCUGAAAUGUGUUGUAGCUGACUUGCCCCAAAGACUGGCACUUGUUGAACUGUAACAAGAUUUUUUUACUGUGGCAGUCAGACAUAGAAACCACCAUGUGCUGGUUUUUGGUGACAGAGAAAACAACUGAACUCACACAUGAUGGGACAAAGGUCAAAA